CAGUCAGUCACGUGACGGACUGGGUCGCGUUCAUCGUAAACACGGAAGUAACGGCAAAGAACAAAACCGACCGCACCGUCAGCUCCUCCCGGUUUGAGUCCGUUACCGGAUACUUUACCGGCUGCCCGUCACCGUCAGCUCCUCCCGGUUGGAGUCCGUUACCGGAUACUUUACCGGCUGCCCGUCACCGUCAGCUCCUCCCGGUUGGAGUCCGUUACCGGAUACUUUACCGGCUGCCCGUCACCGUCAGCUCCUCCCGGUUGCAGUCCGUCCGCUCUUCACGAUGGAUCGGGUUUUAUUUGUAACUCUCAGUCUGGUUGUUUUUAUAACUCCGGUAACGAGCAGCACUUCCGGUCUGAGGAGCGUCACUAAGGCUCAGAUUCUGGGCUUUGAGUGGAAGAACUGUGGCGCUCCAGAAGCCCCGGCUGUCCUGAAGACUCUGACUGUGUCUCCGGACCCCAUCUCCAUCCCCGGAGACCUGCAGGCCUCGGCCUCUGGGACCACGUCUGUGGAGCUGGCUGCUCCGCUGGCUGUGAACGUGACCCUGGAGAAGGAGGUGGCCGGGUUCUGGGUGAAGGUCCCCUGUGUGGAGGAGGUCGGCAGCUGCCACUACAAGGACGUCUGUGACCUCCUGACCCAGCUGAUCCCCCCGGGUCAGGACUGCCCUGAGCCGCUGCACACCUACGGGCUGCCCUGCCGCUGCCCCUUCAAAGCUGGCUCGUACUCGCUGCCCCCGUCAGACUUCGACCUGCCCGUCAUGGACCUGCCCUCCUGGCUGACCAACGGGGACUACCGCGUACAGGGCGUCCUCGGCAGCCGGGACCGGGAGCUGGGCUGCCUCAAACUGUCGCUGUCCCUCCGCUCCGACUGAACCAGGAAGUGGGCGUCGGCUUCUUCUUCUUCAUUUGCAUAAAAAAAAAACUAAUCAAACAAUCAGAAAAUGAAGGAACUGGAAGCAGAAGUUGGACAAAGUUUGAUGCGUUAAUAUAGUUUUUCCAGAUGCCGAGGUGGUGAUGUCGUUAUCUCCAGGAAAAAAAAGAUCGAUAAUAAUAACGUGUUAUUAGUUCAAAUAAGAGGUUGUUGUUAAUUAAAAGUGUUUGUGUCAAAUCAGUCGACAGUAAAUGUAUUAAAAAGAUGAGCCGACGGAGAGGAAGCUCUCUGGUUUUCAAAAUAAGGGUACGAAUAACACGCAUGAAUAGAAACGUGUUGCCUUAGAAGCAGCCGUCAAACUGCAUUGUGUACAAAAUUGAACAUAUUAAAAUACAUUUGUUACAUUUGGUGUUUAAUUCUUUCAUGUUUUCAAAAAAAAAAAUUUAAAUCUAAAAUAAUGGAUCACAGAUAUAUUCUCAUUCUUCAGAAAACACUUUCUCAGUUUCAAUGUCAGAAAUAAAGAAUCGUUAUUGUUUGAGAUUAAUAAAAUGUUUGCUCACAAUAAAGAUGAAUCAAAGCUUUUUAGUAAAUAUUAUGACAUUCA